CCCCUGACAACCAGCACGCCUCCCUUAACAACCAGCCUUCAGGACCGGAGGGGACCUGGUCAGGACACGCCGACUCCCGGGUCGAGAAGCUUCCUGAAAAACGGGGCCAGACCCUCCAGGACCAGACCCUCCAAGGCCUCCAUGGAACCGGAUCGAGAGUGAGCAGAGGCCGCCGCCAUGAACGACCGGUACCACCGGGCGGCCCGGGACGGGUACCUGGACGUGCUGAAGGAGGCCACGCGGAAGGACCUGAACGCCCCGGAUGAGGACGGGAUGACUCCGACCUUAUGGGCCGCUUACCAUGGCAACCUGGAGACGCUGAGGCUCAUCGUGAGCAGGGGAGGCGACCCUGACCGAUGUGACAUCUGGGGAAACACACCUCUCCACCUGGCUUCUGCCAACGGUCACCACAACUGCCUCUCCUUCCUGGUGGCUUUCGGUGCCAACGUGUGGUGUCUGGACAACGACUACCACACGCCGCUGGACAUGGCCGCCACCAAGGGACACAUGGACUGCGUUCGAUACCUGGACUCCAUCGCCGCCAAGCAGAUCACGCUCAACCCGAAGCUGGUGGGCAAACUGAAGGACAGAGCGUUUCGUGCCGCCGAGCGCCGGAUCAAGGAUUGCGCGAAGCUCCAGAGGAAGCACCGGGAGCAGAUGGAGAGGAGGUUCAUGAAGGAGUCGGCGGCUAUGGACAAUCUGGAUUCCAUCAGCUUCUCCAGCUACAACAGCAGCAGCACGCUGAGCCGCAAGUUCAACACCGUCACCUCCAACAUGCCAUACUCACAGGCCACUCUGCUCUCCACAUCCAAGGGGAAAGCCAAGAUCCAGAAGAAACUGGAGAAGAAGAAGCAGGGCGAUGGAACGUUCAAGAUCUAUGAGGACGGGAGGAAAAGUGUGCGCUCGCUGUCCGGCCUCCAGCUCGGCAAUGACGUCAUGUUCCUCAAACAGGGCACCUACGCCAACCCCAGGGAGCGAUCGCGCCUCAACAUCCGGGACAUGUUCCCUCGAGACAACGACGACGACGCUGACACCGUCUCCCGUGCCUUGAGCGACCCGGGUCUCUACGAUGCCGCGUACUCAGAGAUCAGCGAAGACUCCGGGCGGGACUCCCUGUUCACCCGGCCCGGCCUCGGCACCAUGGUGUUCAGGAGGAACUAUAUGAGCGGAGGCCUGUUUGGAAUCGGAGCUGAAGGCAGCGUAGCAGGAAGCGAACCUGUGGGACGAGCGCCUAACGUCCGUCUACGAGGACACCUGCCUCGACGCUCGCCCAGCUUCGACGAGGACAGUAUCGGCAGCGCUCUGAGCCUGCAGGAGAGAAACCUCCAGGAGCUUCCGUGGGAGGAGGCUGAUGUUGCGUUGGACGAGGACUUGGAGCCAGAGAACAGUCCUCUGGAGACUUUCCUGGCCUCUCAAAGUCUCGGCGAGUUCAUGCAGAUCUUCAGGAGGGAGAAGAUCGACCUGCAGGCUCUGCUGCUUUGUUCAGACGAGGACCUCACGAGCAUUCACAUCCCGCUGGGCCCCAGGAAGAAACUACUGGACGCCUGCAAGAGACGUCUGGACACGAUAGAUGAACCAGAGGCCAUCGAAGACACUGAACUCUGAAGGACAAACACGCCGUGAAGAUGUUUGCAUACUUGCUGCUUUGAACACUUUGAAGUCAGUGAACGCAUCACGAGGACCCGUCCGGGCUCCUGACUGAGACUUGGAACAGAAGAAGCUUCGCCACACGGACAAGCCUUUUGUUUCUGCACACUGCAUCAGUUUUCUUAACCCUACACUUUGUUACGACCCUCCACGGCACAUAUACAAUGUUGACCUAUAUUUAUAGGCUGAAAAUAGAGCUCGCCGUCGCUCUGCAAACAUGACCGCGACAGUAAAAAACAAAGGAGGGGGGGGUGUGUCACUGUGAGGUUACAUGUGUGAGCUAGAUAACACUGUUAUCUCAGGUUGCUCGGGGUGUAUUUGGUUGCACUGAGGAUCUGUUUGUCUGUGCACUUGUGAGUAUGACUGUGCAUGAAUGUGUUCGUAAACAUGUUUUUGUAUCACCACGACUGUGAUUAUGUUUUAUUAAAGAAACUCAAAAUAAGA